AGGAGGAGCGGCGGCGGCGCGGCAAGGACGCAGCAAGGGCGGCGAUGGCCGGCGGCUCCAAGCCGCUGUCCCGCUUCUGGGAGUGGGGCAGGAACAUCGUGUGCGUGGGGCGCAACUACGCGGAGCACGCCGCGGAGAUGGGCAGCGCGCCGCCCGCCGAGCCGCUCCUGUUCCUCAAGCCUUCCUCGGCCUACGUGCGGCAGGGCUCGCCGAUCGUGCGGCCCCGCUACUGCCGGGCGCUGCAGCACGAGGUGGAGCUGGGCGUGGUGCUGGGGCGCGGGGCGCGGGCCGUGCCGCGGGACGCGGCCAUGCAGCUGGUGGCGGGCUACGCGCUGUGCCUGGACAUGACGGCCCGCGACACGCAGGACGAGUGCAAGAGGAGAGGGCUGCCCUGGACCCUGGCCAAAGGGUUCGCAACGUCCUGCCCCGUCAGCGACUUCGUGCCCAAGGAGAGGAUCCCGGACCCGCACAAGCUGCGGAUUUGGCUGAAGGUGAACGGGAAGCUGAGGCAGGAGGGGGAUACCUCGGCCAUGAUCUUCUCCAUCCCUUACCUGAUCAGCUACAUCAGCCACAUAUUCCCCUUGGAAGAAGGGGACUUGAUUCUCACGGGCUCUCCCAAAGGAGUCGGGGCCGUGGAGGCCGGCGAUGAGAUCGAGGCGGGGAUCGGGGACGUGGUGUCCGUCAGGUUCAAGGUGGCACAGGGCACGGAACCCGGGAGCCCAAAGGGCGUUUGACUGCCACGACCGCGUUUCCAGGCUCCGGCACACCAGGAGCGCAGCGCAGCCUGCAGCAGGUUGGAGCUUCUCCAAUCUAAAUCGAAAAUGUAAUUCCAAAACCAUACCUGGGAACUGGCAACGGAGACAUCGGAGAGGGGAAUGGGCCUGGCUGUCCUUCUCUGCGUGCUUGUCUUCUGCUGAUGCUGUGGGUUUUGCCAAUGUAUUGCCUUAAAAUAAAAAUGACUGAUCAAAACGAUUCAAAUGAUGAUGUAGGAGCUAGGGCUCAGCCAUGCUGUGGAAAAACAAAGGUUUAUGUGUAGAUGUGCAACCCUAAAUCAAGAGUUGCACAUCACAAAGAUUUUUCUCUACAAGAGAAAGAAGUUUGAUUUUUUGGAUUAGUUUUGUGAUUUCUCCCUGCUGUUUUCAAACAUACAAAUUAAAGGAGGAUGCCUUUUCCUCCCACUCCAGGGGGCGAAAGCAGCAGGAAGUGUGCCAGAUGUUUGGCAGAUUGUUUUUUCCUAAACUGAGAUUUCAAUAUGUUCUAAAAGUAAAAUAAUGCAGAAAUAUCAAGAAUAAAGAACCAUAUGGAUAAAGAUCGCCACCAAA